UUUUUUUUUUACAAAGGAGGGGAGGAAAGGGUUUAAAAAAAAAAAAAAAGUAUUUUUUUUCAGUCUGGCCGGAUUAGGGGCAGGAUCUGCCAAGCUGCGGAGGGGGGGCCAGGCUGGCCCGAGCUCCGGGCCCCGCUCCCGGCCCGGCCCCCGCCCCGCCCGCCCCGACAGCGAUAAAAGGCGGCGGCGGCGGCCCCGGGCAGCAGCUGCAGCGGAGCGGCCGCGACAGCACCCGCGACACCGACAGCACCCGCGACACCGACAGCACCCGCGACACCGACAGCACCCGCGGCACCGACAGCACCCGCGACACCGACAGCACCCGCGACAGCUCCGCAGCAACACCGCAGCGCUCACUGCACAGCACGGCCCCGCAGCUGCACCGCCGAACUGACAUCUAAACCUGCUGCUGCAAAACUGAAAUGGAAACCAUGCACGAGCUGAUCCCCUUCGCCAAAGAAAUGCUCAGCCAGAAGCCCAACAGGAAGAUGGUCAAGCUGUACAUGCUGGGCAGCGUGCUGGCUUUCUUUGGGGUGGUCAUCGGGCUGGUGGAGACCGUGUGCAGCCCCUUCAGCUCCGAGGGCAGGCUAGAGGAGGAGGAGGACAAGAGCAAGCCCUCGGCAUCCCGGGAGCAGCGGCUGCCGCGGACAGCGGAGGGAUUGCUGCCGGACAAGGGCAAGGCACCGCCGGCGCUGCACAGGGCUCUGGUGACCCGGCACCACGCGUCCUGAGCCCGCAGCGCUCAGAGACUCCGCCCGGAGCCCAAGGGAAGGCUCGGCUGAAGGAGACCGCACGUGUGAGACUCGCCACAAGUGAAGGGUUUUAUUUGCUGCUGUGCAGCAGUGGGAAAAAAUACCUUUUAUUGGUAUAAACCUGUGCACGAUGCACAGCGUGGUUUCUUAUUUUUCUUACGGACGCAUUUUACACCAUUUUGCAAGAUCAAUAAAUAUUUUAUAUGGUA